AUGGCGUCCUCGGAGCAGGCAGAGCAGCCGAGCCAGCCGAGCUCUAGCCCAGGAAGUGAACAUGUGAUGCCUCGAGAGCCACUGAUUGCAACCGCAGUGAAGUUUCUCCAGAACUCCCGCGUCCGCCAGAGCCCCCUCGCCACCAGGAGAGCGUUCCUGAGGAAGAAAGGGCUGACCGACGACGAGAUCGAUGUGGCCUUCCAGCGGUCGGGCACUGCGGCCGACGAGCCCGCGGCCUUGGGCGCAGCCGCACCGGCGGUUCCUGUGCAGCCCCCUCCCCUCAUGCCGCAGCCGUACAGCCCCGUGGGUUCCCGAUGGAGGGAUUACAGUGCCUUGGCUGUCAUCAUGGCGGGCAUCGCGUUCGGCUUUCACCAGCUCUACAAGAAAUACCUGCUCCCCCUCAUCAUGGGCGGCCGAGAGGACAGGAAGCAACUGGAGAGGAUGGAGGCGAGCCUCUCGGAGCUGAGUGGCAGCGUGGCACAGACAGUGACUCAGCUACAGGUGACCUUGGCCUCCGUCCAGGAGCUGCUCAUCCAACAGCAGCAGAAGGUCCAGGAACUCGCCAACGAACUGGCCACAGCCAAGGCCACCACCUCCACCAACUGGAUCCUGGAGUCCCAGAAUAUCAAUGAGCUCAAGUCGGAAAUUAACUCCCUGAAAGGGCUUCUUCUGAAUCGGAGGCAGUUCCCUCCCUCCCCGUCAGCCCCGAAGCUCCCCUCCUGGCAGAUCCCGGUCAAGUCCACGUCGCCCUCCAGCCCGGCCACUGUGAACCACCACAGCAGCAGCGACAUCUCGCCCGUCAGCAACGAGUCCGCGUCGUCCUCGCCCGUGAAGGAGGGCCAUAGCCCCGAGGGCUCCACGGCCACCUACCACCUGCUGGGCACCCAGGAAGAGGGCGAGGGGGUGGUGGACGUCAAGGGCCAGGUGAGGAUGGAGGUGCAGGGCGAGGAGGAGAAGAGGGAGGACGAGGAAGACGAGGAGGACGAGGACGUGAGCCACGUGGACGAGGAGGACUGCCUGGAGGUGCAGCGGGAGGACCGCCGGGGCGGGGACGGGCAGAUCAACGAGCAGGUGGAGCGGCGGCCGGAGGGCGCCAGCAAUGAGAGCGAGCGGGACUAG